AGUCGAUCGAGUUCCCACUGCCCAAGUCGCUGGCGGCUGAGCCCUCGGCCUUCGGUCGGUCCCCUGGGCGGCGGCGGCGAGGGGCAGGAGCGAACGAGGCUAGUAGUCGAACCUUGGCAAGUUCACAGCUGGACCCCUCCUUCCCACAAGAGCGAAAAGGCUCUUUCUUCGCCAGCCGGGAAAGCCACCAAAAAAGCCACCAGGAGAAGACUCAUGCCCCGCUCGCCAUGGAGUAUAAGCCAGUCCGCCGUACCGUAAUAAGGUAGCGUCCCAGUCUUUUUUCACGAGCCCGUCAUACCUCUUUGAGCUUCUCGCCUCUCGUCCAGGCACCGUAGGGCUCUCUCUCUCUUUUCUUAUACUCCUGCUUUAUUCCUAUUUUUUGGAUGUCGUGUGUGUGCUUCUCGUUGGUAUCGAGUAUCGAAUUAAGCCGGUGGUGACCAGCGGACCUCUCACACCGACAAGGUGCAACCGCCCUCUCUCAAGUCUGUCUAAAGGAGGUUUCAUCACGUAGCGUCAUCGAUUCGCAAUGGCUCUGCGCUCUCUCCUCGUCGCCCUCGCCGCCGCCGCCGCCGUGGCCGAUGCUGCCGCCAAGGUCGUCGUUCCCCGAGCCGACGACGGCUGCCCCAACACGCUCAAGGUAUCCUACGAGCCGCCCGUCGCCGCCAAGGGCUGGCAAUACCGUCUCGCCGCCCACGGCUUCAAGAAGCCCCGCAGCAUCGCCUUCGACAAGGGCGGCGCCCUCCUCCUCGUCGACUCGGGCGUGGGCGUCUUCCGCCUCACCAUCGAUCAGGAUCAGGGCGAGACAUGCGUCGUGACGAGCCAGCCCAAGAAGAUCAUCAGCAGUGCCGAGCUGAACCAUGGCCUCGCCCUCUCCGAUGACGGCAAGACGCUCUAUGCCUCGUCUUCGUCCAAGGUCUACGCUUGGGCCUACGACGCCAAGGCCGGCACUGUGGGCGACUCUAACCGCACCAUCAUCGCCAAUAUGUCGUCCACGGACAAGACGACCCGCACCCUGCUCAUGUCCCAGAAGAAACCGGGCAUGCUCGUCGUCUCGCGUGGAACCGUCGACGACGAAGACUCCCUGGCCCGCGAUAAGUCGAGUGGACACGCCCAGCUCCGUGCCUUUGACGUGUCGCGACUCGGGGACAAGGACGCCCCCUAUGCGUUCAUGGACGGCGUCUUGCUUGGCUGGGGAUUGAGAAACUCGGUCGGCGUCGCCGAGGACCCGUCCAAGGGCGGCAUCUGGUCCGUCGAAAACUCCAUCGACGAGGUCACCCGCAAUGGCGAGGACAUCCACCAGGACAACCCCGGCGAGGAGCUCAACUACCACGGCCGCCUCAACGACAGCUCCACGGCCAAGGAUCAGGGCGGCAACUACGGCUUCCCGCGGUGCUACGCCAUCUGGAACACGACCAACUUUCCCAACCUCGGCUCCCUCAAGACGGCAGACCAAUUCCCCGGCCCCGAUGACGCCAAGACAUUGUCCGACGACCAGUGCAAAAAGGACUACGUGGCCCCGCGAUUAGCUUUCCAGGCACAUACUGCACCCCUGGAUGUCAAGUUCAACCAGGAUGGGUCCAAGGCGUUCAUCUCGUUCCACGGCAGCUGGAACCGCAAGAACCCCACUGGCUAUCGUAUUGCCUCGGUCGCGUUCAACAAGGAUACGGGCGAGCCCACGGCUGCGCACGACAGCAUGACGGCGGCCGUCGAUGUGCUCACGACUCCGGACCUGGCCAAUUGCCCCGACGGCUGCUUCCGGCCCGUCGGCCUCGCCUGGGACUCCAAAGGCAGGCUUUGGGUCUCGAGCGACAGCACCGGCGAGAUUUUCAUCCUCAACCAGAACGGCACCACCGACGAUGGAGGUAACAGUGUCGGCUCUCGGUCUCUCGUGGCGGACAAGGCCGCUACCUGGGCCGUCAUCUUGGCGGCCGUCGUCGCGGGCCUGUUCCUGGCGUAAUGAUGACAUGACUCGUGGAACUAAAAGAAAAAGGGGUGUGAUUUUUUUGACAGAAAAUUCAUGAUGAUUUUAUGACCGCUCUCAAUGUACGGCCUAAGAGGGACACCUGGGGCGCUUUUGGGAAGAUUGUCUAGCUUAAAGAGUAACAACAGCCCCCUGUGACAUGGAAGACAAAACAAAGAUUGCGC